AAAAGAAGGAAGACGAGACACAUAGCACAGCGAAUCAGUAUUAUUAACCAGAAGACGCAGCGAAUCAGUAUUAUUACCCACAACAGAUGUAUUCUUUUCUAUCUCUGCCAUAAGAGAGGAAGAAUACACCACAUCACGAAAAAGAGGAGAGGAAGAAGACACUAAACCACGAAAUUCGUAUCUGCGGUAAAAAAGUACCAGAAGAAGAAGAAGAAGGGAACAAAAAGAGGCGAUCUGAAGGCAACAUGGGAACGCUUCAAACAUGGCGAAAAGCAUACGGCGCUCUCAAAGACCACACUAAAGUUGGGCUUGCCCAUGUCAACUCCGAUUUCAAGGAUAUGGAUGUGGCAAUCGUGAAGGCUACAAAUCAUGUGGAGCAUCCACCCAAAGAGAGACACCUCAGAAAAAUUAUGAUUGCCACAUCAUCUAUGCGGCCUCGGGCUGAUGUUGCAUACUGUAUACAUGCACUUUCGAGACGACUGGCAAAAACUCAUAACUGGACGGUUGCCUUGAAGACUUUAAUAGUGAUUCAUAGGACUUUGAGAGAAGGUGAUCCCGUGUUUAAGGAGGAACUCUUGAAUUUCCAACAGAGGGGUCGUGUGCUUCAGAUGUCUAAUUUCAAGGAUGAUUCGAGCCCCAUUGCUUGGGAUUGCUCUGCAUGGGUAAGAACGUAUGGGCUCUUUCUAGAAGAACGGUUAGAAUGCUUUAGGAUUCUCAAGUAUGACAUUGAAGCAGAGCGUCUUCCUAGACCUGCACAGGGACAAGAUAAGGGUUAUAGUAGAACAAGAGACUUGGACAGUGAAGAACUUUUAGAACAGUUGCCUGCUUUGCAGCAGCUUCUGUAUCGUCUUAUUGGAUGCCGGCCUGAAGGGGCAGCUGUGGGCAAUUACAUAAUUCAAUAUGCGCUUGCCUUGGUGCUCAAAGAGAGCUUUAAAAUAUAUUGCGCCAUAAAUGAUGGGAUAAUCAAUCUUAUUGACAAGUUUUUUGAGAUGCCAAGACACGAAGCCAUUAAGGCCCUAGACAUCUAUAAAAGAGCAGGGCAGCAGGCAGCUAGCCUUUCUGAUUUCUACGAAGUUUGUAAAGGACUCGAACUUGCUAGGAAUUUCCAGUUCCCUGUCUUGAGGGAGCCUCCGCAAUCCUUUCUAGUGACCAUGGAAGAGUACAUAAAAGAAGCACCAAGGAUGGUUCUUGCUCCAAGUGUGGCCUUGGAAUAUCCCGAAAGGCUAAUGCUGACAUAUAGACAAGAGGAUGCGUCACCUGCUGAAGAAGAUGCCAUGGGGUUGAAUGCUACUACUGUAGAUGCAUCUGUCGUUGAGGAAAGCAAUGCAUUGGCGUUAGCUAUAGUGACACCUGAUAUUUCACAAGUUGACUCAAAUGCCCCCCAAGCAAAAGAUUUUGACCCAACUGGAUGGGAACUUGCCUUGGUUACCACUCCUAGCAGCAACUCGUCAUCUUCAGCUGGCGGACUGGACUUGCUUACGCUUGAAAGUUUAUAUGAAGAUGGCGCGUAUAGAGCAUCCCAGCAACCAUUGUACGGAGCACCUGCACCAGCACCAGCAGCUCCUAACCCGUUUGAAGUCAACGACCCAUUUUCGGUAUCCAACAGUGCUGCUGCCCCUAUCAACUCUUCAGUUCAGAUGGCUAAUAACCCAUUUGGGCCUUUUCAACCAGCUGUUUCUUAUCCACAGGCCCAACCACAGAUGGGCCCACAAAACCCUUUUGGCGAUGCUGGGUUUGGAGCUUUCCCUGUGGAACCCUCUGUUCACCCACAAACGACCAAUCCUUUUGGGAGCACCGGCCUUAUAUGAUGGUGGUAAAAAUACACAUAUACAGAAUGUAAUUUACUAAUUUUUGGCUUAUUAAAUUGUUUUUUAAGUUUGAUAUAUUUGAAAUGGUUGUACGUUGGGAGUGUGAUCAGACUUACUAUUCUCCCACGGGAAGGUUGUUUUUUGAGCUUGAAAUCACAUAUACUUGUUUUGGGUAGUUGAAAAUAGUUUUUCUGUACUUGUGAAGGUUUUAUUUUGUUGAUAAGGCGUUUAGCUAUUUCUAUUGUGGAUGUGUCAUUGUGUU